AUGUCUAUUCUCGACGUACUCCUUACUCCUCCUACCGUGAACGAACGAAAAAACUUUGUUCCCUCACGAAGGAAUGCAUAGAAAAAUUUUUUCUCUUCAAAAUUCAAAAUUUGCAAAAAAUUAAUUUAAUUUGUAAAAUUUAUGAUUUAAAAUACAAGCUGUUUAAAAUUAAAUAGAAUUCGAGAUUUCAUUAAUAUUAAAAUUUUUUUCAUGGUUUUUGGGCAAAAAAAUAAGGAUUUUUCCAUUGUUUUUUGCUCGCCUACAGAGGGGGGAGGAGUUAGCAGACUUGAAAAGAUGCACCAAAACCUUGGCGGCGACCGAAUAGAUAUAAAUUCCAGGGAUAAAAAAGAUAAAUUUGCCAUAAUCCGUCUCAAAUGUGAAGAGCAGCUCCAUACUAUUGAAUCAUGCCAAGAUCAAAGAGACAAAAUUUCAAGUUUUAAACAUGAGUAAGCCCUACUUUUCUUAAUCAAAUUAUUUACAAAAUAGCUAUUGUCCUUAUUUAUUUAUGAAAUAUCAUCAAUUUUCUAUAAAACAUGUUAAAUUCAAUUAAAUAUAUCAUAAUUUUCAAUCAGAGAAGACCCUGAAAUUAUCCAACUUAAAUACAAAAUUCUUCUCCUCCUCAAAGAAACCGACAAAGAUAUCGUAGAACUCAACAGAAUAUUAGAAAAGCAAAAAUUAAAACCAAAAGUAAAAUCUAAUCAGAAAUAUGCUGAGGUAGACAUAGAAGCCAAGUCAAACAAGCUAAAUUGGCUUGAAAGGAAGCUUGAAGAUGCUAAAAAAGGUGAAGAUCUUGGAGUAAUGAUAGGAAAAAGACCUGAAGACUUAGGAAAAAUGAAGGCCGAGCUCAUAAAUAUCGAGGAUAUUCAAAUAGAAAAUAUUGGGAGAAAAGGUGACAUGCUCGAUAUCGAAAAAGAUGCCAAACAGAGAUGGGAGGAUUAUGAUAAAAGAAUCGAUGAUUUAGCUGAUAAAAUCGGAACAAAUGUAGAUGAGCUGAGAAUGAGAGCUUUAAAUAUCAAUGAAGCUUUGGAUAGGCAUGAAGAUAAGCUGGACAGCUUGGAUAAUGUUGUAGGAUUGGCCAAUCAAGAAUUGGAGUCAAGCACAAAAAAACUGAAAAAAUUGCUCAUAAAAGUUAGGGCUGGGGAUAAGUUUUGUGUAACACUGUGUCUGUUGAUUAUACUUAUUGGUUUGCUGACUAUUGGAUAUAAUAUGAUAAACUAA